AUGCUCCAAAGAAAAAGAAGCAAGUUGAAAAACCACCAAGUGGUGAAGGAGGAAGUUAUGAACGAAAUCAUCCCAUCAAAAUCGGGAAUUCACAAACGAACGAAGAAACCAGUGAAGAAUCCCAUUGAUUCACCAAUCAAGCAACCUUUACAAGAACCUAAAAUCGAAAGUGUUGAGCUAAUGCAUGUUGAUUCUUCAAAUACCAUUUCUUCUCAGAAGGGUAUAAAAAAGAUUCGAAAACCUCAAUUUCAUAGGAAAGGUGUUUUGUUUCGUGAAGUAUCUUUUCUUGUGUCACCAGCAUCGAAGAAGCAUCAAGAACUUGAUAUGGAUCACAAGUUACAAAAGAAGAAAUGUAAGAAUCUAGUUCCAAUUAAUAACGUGACGGUCAAAACUAGUCAUGGCAGUGUAGUAGAAGGUCAAAUAUUUCCAUAG